CUUAAAGCAGCACCCACUUCUCAUUUCUCAUGAGGCUAGAAGUCAAGUGGACAGUUCUUCUGGACAGUUCUGGCCCCAGCAGGUUUCCCUCAUGCGGCUGUGGGUCAGGAUGAAUCCUCCAUGUUCUUCCAGUUUGGCCCAUCCAUUGAACAGCAAGCUUCCGUAAUGCUCAACAUCAUGGAAGAAUACGACUGGUACAUCUUUUCUAUUGUCACCACCUACUUCCCUGGCUACCAGGACUUUGUAAACAAGAUCCGCAGCACCAUCGAGAACAGCUUCGUGGGCUGGGAGCUAGAGGAAGUCCUCUUACUGGACAUGUCCCUGGACGAUGGAGAUUCUAAGAUCCAGAAUCAGCUCAAGAAACUUCAAAGCCCCAUCAUUCUUCUUUACUGUACCAAGGAGGAAGCCACCUACAUCUUUGAAGUGGCCAACUCAGUAGGGCUGACUGGCUAUGGCUACACGUGGAUUGUGCCUAGUCUGGUGGCAGGGGAUACAGACACAGUGCCCUCGGAGUUUCCCACUGGGCUCAUCUCUGUAUCAUAUGAUGAGUGGGACUAUGGUCUCCCUGCCAGAGUGAGAGAUGGAAUUGCUAUAAUCACCACUGCUGCUUCUGACAUGCUGUCGGAACACAGCUUCAUCCCCGAGCCCAAGAGCAGUUGCUACAACACCCACGAGAAGAGAAUCUAUCAGUCGAAUAUGCUCAACAGGUAUCUGAUCAAUGUCACUUUUGAGGGGAGAAAUCUGUCCUUCAGUGAAGAUGGCUACCAGAUGCACCCGAAACUGGUGAUAAUCCUUCUGAACAAGGAGAGGAAGUGGGAGAGGGUGGGGAAGUGGAAAGACAAGUCCCUGCAGAUGAAAUACUAUGUAUGGCCCCGAAUGUGUCCCGAGACCGAAGAGCAAGAGGAUGACCACCUAAGCAUUGUGACGCUGGAGGAGGCUCCAUUUGUCAUUGUGGAAAGCGUGGACCCUCUAAGUGGAACCUGCAUGAGGAACACAGUCCCCUGCCAAAAACGCAUAAUCUCUGAGAAUAAAACAGAUGAGGAGCCAGGAUACAUCAAAAAAUGCUGCAAGGGGUUCUGUAUCGACAUCCUUAAGAAAAUUUCUAAAUCUGUGAAGUUCACCUAUGACCUUUACCUGGUCACCAAUGGCAAGCAUGGGAAGAAAAUCAACGGCACCUGGAAUGGUAUGAUUGGAGAGGUGGUCAUGAAGAGGGCCUACAUGGCAGUGGGAUCGCUCACCAUCAAUGAGGAGCGGUCAGAGGUGGUUGACUUCUCUGUACCCUUCAUAGAGACUGGCAUCAGUGUCAUGGUGUCACGCAGCAAUGGGACUGUCUCACCUUCUGCCUUCUUAGAGCCAUUCAGUGCUGACGUAUGGGUUAUGAUGUUUGUGAUGCUGCUCAUCGUCUCAGCCGUGGCCGUUUUUGUCUUUGAGUACUUCAGCCCUGUGGGUUAUAACAGGUGCCUCGCUGAUGGCAGAGAGCCAGGCGGCCCAUCUUUCACCAUCGGCAAAGCUAUUUGGUUACUCUGGGGUCUAGUGUUCAACAACUCUGUACCUGUGCAAAACCCGAAGGGGACCACCUCCAAGAUCAUGGUGUCAGUGUGGGCCUUCUUUGCUGUCAUUUUCCUGGCCAGCUACACUGCCAACUUAGCUGCCUUCAUGAUCCAAGAGGAAUAUGUGGACCAGGUUUCUGGCCUGAGUGACAAAAAGUUCCAGAGACCUAAUGACUUCUCACCCCCUUUCCGCUUUGGGACUGUGCCCAAUGGCAGCACAGAGAGAAAUAUUCGUAACAAUUAUGCAGAAAUGCAUGCCUACAUGGGAAAGUUCAACCAGAGAGGUGUGGAUGAUGCUUUGCUCUCCCUGAAAACAGGGAAGCUGGAUGCCUUCAUCUAUGAUGCAGCAGUGUUGAACUACAUGGCGGGCAGAGACGAAGGCUGCAAGCUAGUCACCAUUGGCAGCGGCAAGGUCUUUGCCUCCACUGGUUAUGGCAUUGCCAUUCAGAAAGACUCUGGGUGGAAGCGCCAGGUGGACCUUGCUAUCCUGCAGCUGUUUGGAGAUGGGGAGAUGGAAGAACUGGAAGCUCUCUGGCUCACUGGCAUUUGCCACAAUGAGAAGAAUGAGGUCAUGAGCAGCCAGCUGGACAUUGACAACAUGGCGGGCGUCUUCUACAUGUUGGGGGCAGCCAUGGCACUCAGCCUUAUCACCUUCAUCUGUGAACACCUUUUCUAUUGGCAGUUCCGGCAUUGCUUUAUGGGUGUCUGUUCUGGCAAGCCUGGCAUGGUCUUCUCCAUCAGCAGAGGUAUCUACAGCUGCAUUCAUGGAGUGGCGAUUGAAGAACGCCAAUCUGUGAUGAACUCCCCCACGGCGACCAUGAACAACACACACUCCAACAUCCUGCGCUUGCUCCGCACGGCCAAGAACAUGGCCAACCUCUCUGGCGUGAAUGGCUCACCCCAGAGCGCCUUGGACUUCAUCCGCCGCGAGUCAUCCGUCUAUGACAUCUCAGAGCACCGCCGCAGCUUCACCCAUUCCGACUGCAAGUCCUAUAACAACCCGCCCUGCGAGGAGAACCUCUUCAGCGACUACAUCAGCGAGGUGGAGAGAACGUUUGGCAAUCUGCAGCUGAAGGACAGCAACGUGUACCAAGACCACUACCACCACCACCACAGGCCGCACAGCAUCGGCAGCACCAGCUCCAUCGACGGGCUCUACGACUGUGACAACCCACCCUUCACCACCCAGCCCAGGUCCAUCAGCAAGAAGCCCCUGGACAUUGGCCUGCCCUCCUCCAAACACAGCCAGCUAAGUGACCUGUACGGCAAGUUCUCCUUCAAGAGCGACCGCUACAGUGGCCACGACGACUUGAUCCGCUCAGAUGUCUCGGACAUCUCCACCCACACGGUCACCUACGGAAACAUCGAAGGCAAUGCGGCCAAGAGGCGUAAGCAGCAGUACAAGGACAGCCUGAAGAAGCGGCCAGCCUCGGCCAAGUCCCGGAGGGAGUUCGACGAGAUCGAGCUGGCCUACCGUCGCCGACCGCCCCGCUCCCCUGACCACAAGCGCUAUUUCAGGGACAAGGAAGGGUUGCGGGACUUUUACCUGGACCAGUUCCGAACCAAGGAGAACUCCCCUCACUGGGAGCACGUGGACCUGACCGAUAUCUACAAGGAGCGGAGCGACGACUUCAAGCGCGACUCGGUCAGCGGAGGAGGGCCCUGUACUAACAGGUCGCACCUCAAACACCCGUCGGGCGACAAACACGGCGUGGUCAGCGGGGUACCAGCUCCCUGGGAGAAGAACCUGACCAACGUGGACUGGGAUGACCGGUCUGGGGGCAACUUCUGCCGCAGCUGUCCCUCCAAGCUGCACAACUACUCGACGACGGUGGCAGGUCAGAACUCGGGCCGGCAGGCGUGCAUCCGGUGCGAGGCCUGCAAGAAGGCUGGCAACCUGUACGACAUCAGCGAGGACAACUCCCUGCAGGAACUGGACCAGCCGGCUGCCCCCGUGGCGGUGACGUCCAACGCCUCCGCCACCAAGUAUCCUCAGAGCCCGACUAAUUCCAAGGCCCAGAAGAAGAAUCGGAACAAACUGCGCCGGCAGCACUCGUACGACACCUUCGUGGACCUGCAGAAGGAAGAAGCCGCCUUGGCCCCGCGCAGCGUGAGCCUGAAAGACAAGGGCCGUUUCCUGGACGGGAGCCCCUACGCCCACAUGUUUGAGAUGCCAGCCGGCGAGAGCACCUUUGCCAACAACAAGUCCUCAGUGCCCACUGCCGGACACCACCACCACAACAACCCCGGCGGCGGCUACAUGCUCAGCAAGUCGCUCUACCCUGACCGGGUCACGCAAAACCCUUUCAUCCCCACUUUUGGGGACGACCAGUGCUUGCUCCAUGGCAGCAAAUCCUACUUCUUCAGGCAGCCCACUGUGGCAGGGGCGUCGAAAGCCAGGCCGGACUUCCGGGCCCUUGUCACCAACAAGCCGGUGGUCUCGGCCCUUCAUGGGGCUGUGCCAGGCCGUUUCCAGAAGGACAUCUGUAUAGGGAACCAGUCCAACCCCUGUGUGCCUAACAACAAAAACCCCAGGGCUUUCAAUGGCUCCAGCAAUGGGCAUGUUUAUGAGAAACUUUCUAGUAUUGAGUCUGAUGUCUGAGUGAGGGAAGAGAGAGGUUAAGGUGGGUAUGGGAGGGGUAGGGCUGCGGGUCGUGUGGUGCGCAUGUCACGGAGGGGGUCGGGGUGAACUUGGUUCCCAUUUGCUCCUUUCUUGUUCUUUUAGUUUAUUUAUGGGAUCCUGGAGUUCUGGUUCUUGCUGAAGGCAACCCUGGUGACCAGCACCAUCCCUCCUCCUUUUCACAGUUCUCCUCUCCUCCCCAGAUCUGUGCGCCAUUCCUGUUCCCAUAAGAGGGCUGAAACGGGCCCUCUCAGCGCGGGAGGGUUCAGAGGAGAAAGGAAGUACUGCAUGCGAGCUUCCUCCUAGCAGGGAAGGAAGAGCUCUUUGCCAUCUACCUUGAGUGAAGCCAGGAGAAGCAAAAGGAAGCCAUGUGAGCACGGGAGUAGCUUUUCCCAAACUUAAUCUUUCUGUUUAGGUGAGGAAGCAAAAGCAUCUAAGUGAGACCAUUUAGCAUACUGCUUGUGAAUGAAAAGAGGCUUUUGCUAAAUUCUUGUUGGGUGGAUGACAUCUGCACAGGGAUGGUGUGCCAAAGGGAGGGUAGGAGGCCUUGUGUGUUUAUAUAUAAGCCAAAAAAAAAAAAAAAAAAAGUUUGCUUCAACUCCAUGAGAUUCAUUAGCAGUGAACUGGAGUGAAAGGUCAUUGGUGGCUGAGGGGAUUCCUGAACAAACUAGAAAGUUCUUUAUAGUGUUAUAUGGUGCAUUGAAGGCAACAGCAGGGGAUCGUGUGUGCAUGUAUGUCCAUGUAUACUUGCACACAUGGGCGGUCAGGUGCCUCUAAAUGUAGAGAAGGCAACUUGACUCAUUGUGCUGAUUCCUUCCAUAUCCCUGAGCAAUGCACUCAUUUUGGCUUAUAUACAAACAGAGAGGGUCAUAUGUUAUCUGAGUGUCUGCUGUCUGUCCCCUUCACCUUCCUGAAUGAGGAAUGGAAGUUCUUGACAAAGAAGAUUCUGUGCUAAAAGCAAAAAAGAAAGGGAGACAAUCCUACAAAAGCAAGAUACUAAAAUGAUUUUUCAUUGAUUGCCAGUGAGUUCCAUUGGUUUGGGUCAAGAACUUUCCAGGAAGGCUAAAGGGAAAUAGAGGCAGCCAUAAUUCUUUUGCACACACUUGAGAGCAAAAGUCUCCAUAAAGCUCUGUUGAGCUUUUAGACCCUCAACUGGCAAGGUUUGGGGAGAAGCUCAGUAAGGCUCUGAGGAAGAGGGGAGUCAUUUAUGGUAGGGUAAGUGAGAGAGGGGGAUGUUUUCAAUGCUUUGAUCCCUUCUUACUUAGCCUGGAGCUAGAAAAGCAGGCUUGUUCCCCUAGAACUGAUGACAACUGAUAGGGAACAGACAGUGAAGAGCAUGAGCCUACCCCCGUGAGCACAGCUCGGGAGGCCUGGAGAGAAGGGAAUUGAUCUGGAAGUGGGGAACGGUAGGCGGGAGGGACUCUCCCACUACCUCCUUGGGCCUGGCUCCCUGGGAAUGUGACUUGAGCCCAGUGGGAACUCUCUUGGUAGAAGCCCUUCCACCUUCCUGCAACACCUCUGUUCCCUCUCAGAUUGUACCAUUCAAAAGUAAAUAUAUAUAUAUGUAUGUGUGUGUGUGUAAAACUCCAGGGAUGAGGGUACUGGCAGAUGUGAUGCCCCCUUCACUUAAAGUUGGAAAAUUGAGAAGGGAAAUGAGUAUUUGUCACUGCCGGUCCUGGAACUUGGGGUGGGGGUAUUCUAUGGGUCAGUUCCACUGUCCUGCCAUCCUCCUCUCACAGGGUGGCAUCCAAAGAGCCCCGGGUCUGAUUGGAAGCUUGACCACAGGAUCGCCUUGUUGCACACAGGACACAUAAACCAGAAAGGUGCUCAUCCUCCUCUGGAAGGAAGCUGCCAUGUCUCUUCACGUCACAUACUCCAGGGCUGCUCUUUGCCUUCCUGAUGGCCCUGCCUCACGACCCUUCCUCCUUCCCUGCCCUCGACUGCUGUCCCCCGUCCUCCUCCUUGAUUUUUACCUCAGUAUCUUUCAUUUUAAAGCCAACUGAAGGCCUUGUAAUGCUUUGUUUUCUUUCUAAAAUGAACGUGGGGGCAAGGGGCUGAACCUCUCACAGAUUUGGAGAGAGGAGCACGGAGUGCUUUACCUUAGAUUCAAGGAAAGACUUUGAGAGAGAGGACAGAGGGCGUGAGGCGUCUCUCCAGGAGGAAGAACGAGAAGGGCCAUAGAAACAUCGCUUCACCCUGGCUCUGUCCAAGGGUCAGGGGCUCAUCCCCUCACUCUUCCUCUUACCUCACCCCUUUAAAAUAAAAAAAAAAAAAAAAAAAACCAAACCAACUAUCCUAGCGAACAGCAAUCUAGAACACAGGGGGCUCUGUUGGUCUCCACUGGCUACAGAAAUCAAGAUGGUGUUUAUUUCAUAUGUAAAUAUUUUGUUUUCUAAUUAAUUUUGUAUAGAUAAAGUGUUCUCUUGUGAGUAUUCAGGGUGUUGGGCUGGAGGGAGUGGGGUGGGGAUGGGAAUGAAGGGGAAAACAGUGUUUUGUUACAGGUUUUUGUUUUCCGUUGGGGGAAUUGUUUUGUAUGGCUUUUGCUUCAGGGUGUCUGGAAAAAGUGAAUGUGAAUGGAAGCCACUAUGGUGAACAAGCCAGGGGAAAAUAGUUUGUGUCCAUGCCCCCCCACCCCCAAGCCAGUCUUCUCGCUGGUCUUUGAGAAGUGUUCAUGCAAUUUGGCCUGGGCUUUGCUGGGUCCAGUUUGGCUCCUAGCAGAGCCCCGUCGGACUGUGGUCUUCUGGGUAGACAUAGGGUACCAGCACUCCAUCAAAGACAAGCUGGUGGCACCAGAUUUUCUCUGUCAAUACCUAGCACAGCAAAGGUUCCCAAAAGGGUUUGAAACAGAACUGAGGUCAAAUUAACCUCCCAUUCACAGUGUGACUGAGAGGUUUCGGGAAGCUCCAUCCUGAGGAAUCUCCCAGUAGACUUCUCUGGUGUUUAGCAGCCAUCUCACCACCUGACCCUUUUCUUCCUAGUCCCUGGGCCCUAACCCUAGCCCCCUACCCCUCCCUUAGAAAUAUGUGCUGCGGCCACACCCAGAAAACGUCCACUGACUUAACUUUUUGAAGAAUGUGCCAUCUGGUUACACAGGGGUAGCACUAGAUUCGGGUCUUAGAAAUUCCCAUGCUUUGCUAGAAAAGAUGACCAGAUCCACUCACCAGUGGCUAGAUGAUUCCCUUAGAAAGAUUGCUGAAGUUAGUUUUAGAGGUAGCAGGUGGGUAUAUGAGGGACGGUGCCAACAGUGGCUUUAUAUUUGCCUUGUCCUCAUUACUGCCAUCAGGAAGGUGCUAUUUGCCUCACGUCAGGUAUUUACAACCUGACCUUGGGUUAACCAGACAAAUAGAAGUCUUUUCCUGGACCUUGGCUUUGUGGAGUGUGGCAGCCCUCUCUCUCCCUUUCUCUCUCUCUCUCUCUCUCUCUCUCUCUCUCUCUCUCUCUCUCUCUCUCUCCUCCCCCCCACAGAAUGAAAUUCCCAAGUCUAUAUAGCAUAUUACCCUAUUGCAUUUUUUUCCUAUACUUCCAUCAUCAGAAGCUGUCAGAUGAAUAAUUUCAUUUUUCUGAACCCCUUAUUUGGCUCUAAUUGAUCAUUUUUCAUCCACUGGAUGUUUGAAUUGGGACCAAGUAAGACAUUCAUGGCCUGCUCAAGAAUGCUUAAAAAGAGGAAGGCUAAGCAUUGUCAAGUUCUAGUUAUUACUUAAUUCCAGAAUAACAAGCAGUAAAAUGCAUGAGGAGGAACUCAGCAGUAAGCCCCAUCUGUAUCACAGACGGGUAUGGACCAAGACCCAAUCCAUCCAAAACUGUGAGAUUCUGCAGAUACCCUCAGGAGCGCCUAGUGUUCCAGUGUUCUUCAGAAUCCGUGCUUUCUCUCUUGUGUGCUUUCUAUCAUUCCCUACUACUUUGGAAGUGGGUUGGUAGGUAUGGUUCUGCAUCAUUCCAUUCAGUGGCAAUGCUGAAAUCUCAGUAUUUCCACCGACCUCAGUGACUUGACCCUUGAAUAUGCCUGAGUCAAGAAUGUGCACACCCUUCAGAGUGAUGCAUGUACAGUAGACCUUGUUAUUUCAAAAGUCGUCACUGUGUACCCUCAGCCAGAAUUUGGGAGACAUCCUUAAUGUGUGUUCCCUGUACUGGCCACAGCCAUGUUGUGAUUGGGGGAAAAAUCCCAAAUGAUUCCAUUAAAUGUUGGUGGUGUCAGUAGUGCCAAAACGCAUGUGUAAUGUGAUAAAAAUAGGAGUCGUCUAUACAGUUAAGUGAUUAUCACCCGCCCAGUCUUCCAUGGCCAUCAGGAGUUGCCCAAGGGAGAAUUCUCUGCAGAGUGCUGGUCACCUGCACAUCACAUUUAAGAACUAGGGUUUCUUUGUUUUUGUUUUGCUUUUUGUUUGGUUUUAGUUAGAUCAAGAUUUAGGGACAGAAUAACCAGAUUGUUUGGGUAAUUGCCUUUGGAAAGGCUAUUCCUGAACUCACUCUAUUUUUUUAAUCAUGGUCUCUCUAAAAAGGCCCUGUCAUUGCUUGACGCGCUGUGCAUGUCUGUUUUUGGUGUGUUAGGAAUGAUUCAGAUGUGCGCAUAAAUGAUGUAACUGCAGUGCCGUUAAUGAAUGCAUUAGGCAUUGCCAGGUACCGUGGCAGUACUGUAUGUGCUCUCUGAGCCCGAAGCCAUAUAGGAAUGUGUGCUCCACGGGCUGCUAAACGCUAUCGUAGAGCCUUUGCUUUUUACUUGAGUCCAGAGACUCUUCUUCCUGUCUAAGAAACUUUUCUGGAGGAGAAGCAGCCAAGGUGGGCAGUCAUACUGGUGGGUCUGGCCUUACAAAUGGUCUGUGUCCAUGGUGUGAUUUCAAGGUCCGGAAAAGGGUUCCAACUCCUGGUCUCCCAGGCAGAUUGGUUGCUUUAGCACUGAGCUGCUCCAAUGUCUUUUAAAUGAAAGCAAUCCCAGGAAGAGUGACAUAUUAAGCCAUAUUAGGGAUUUAUACAUUUAAACACCUAAUUUACAUUAGGAUUUUCAUUCCUUUUCCUGGGAAUAAGGGAUGAUACAAGAGGGAGAAAGCAGAGAACACCAGGAGUAAGAGCAGGGAACAAGGAUAUAGGUUCCAGAAGGGAAGACAUUUAAACCAUAUUUCAUUUCCACCUGCUUUUAUUCAGGGCUCAUGUGACAUUGGGAUAGGAUUCCUAGUUAGGAAUUGUUUACAAUACAAAUUCAGUAUCUUGUAGGGAGGUGAAGGACUGUGACUCUGUAGAUAAUGGAAGGUUGAUUCUUCUCCUGUUACAGAGUAGACAGCUAGGAAGAUCAAGUUGAAUUAAUAUAAUUUUUAAAAGUUCCUGUGUUAUCUGUUUUCUGUCCCAGUUCAAUUAAUCUUCCAGUUAACUGGGUUGUCCUGUAUUCUAUACUUUCCCACCUGCACACUGCGUACCCAUUUAUCCCAUCCCAUACUAACUGUUAAGGAGCCAGUUGACUAUCAGGUGCUACUUAACCUGGGGGCAAUUCUUUUUUAGGUCUAUCAGAUAUUUGGGGCAAUAUUAAAAUGCAGAUUAGUCUGAGAACUUCUAAUUUGAUCUAGCUCUAGGAUUCCAUUCUAGUUCGGGGGAUUGCUAUACAAUAUAAAAAAAUCACAAGAUGUCUGAAUAUAUCCCACCCUCAUACCCAUUUCAGUUGCACUGAUUCAACACGAGAGGGUUCCUUUGAAUUCUGUGACUUUAAAGAUAUAAUCUUUCUACUCCCCAAACAAAGGUCCACACCAAAAAACCUUAAAUGAAAUUCAGUGCUAUUUCCAUAUUGGUGGAGGUUAGGGCUUUCAGUUUACAAUAAUGAAGUGAGAGAGAAGAAUUUUUCUCAGAGAGUGUUGGGUCAGCACAGGGUGCUGGGAAUCAAGGGGAAAAGUUAACAAUUUUCCAUAUUUCUCUGCCACUGUGUUCAUGUGCAUCCAUUUCAAUGUUCAUCACAGUGAGGUGCUGGCACAGUUGCAUGCUUUAAAAUAUAAUUGUUGGUAUGGUUAUAAGGAUAAGGGCUCCUGAGAAGAACUGAAGGUGGGAAGUAGAGUAGAUGAGUAGAAUUACUCCUAGCCUUGGGACUCUGGUGUGGUAUGAAAAUUUACUUUGGCAAAGGUGAAAGAAAUGGAACUCAGUGCAAUUAUUAAAGGUACAAGCAAGAAGCUGCACACUCAUACUGUCAGAAAACUGUUAUUUUAAAGAUUUGGUUUCCACACUUUACACCUGAACUCUAUCUGUUAUUAUUUUAGUGCUGUGAUUUAUGGAAUGGAGCAGAUUCCAGUACUCUAAAGAAAAAAUAUUAUAAAAAUAAAAGAUCUAGUUAAAUACAUUAGUUCAACUAAACCAAUGUCUGUUGAGCACAUCCUAUGUCCCUGGGCUAGUGCUGGGAGGAAAAUAAUAGACUUUUAAAAUGGAGUAUAUUUUACUGACAUUGAAUGUAUGAAUGCAUAAGUACAAAAUAUUUUAAUGUAUGUAUUAUGUAUAUAUAAAGAAGUGUGCAUAUUAAGCCAUGUAGGUUUAAUAUUUUCUGGUUUUAAGGUGUGAGUUAAAGAUUUAUCAAUUAUGUUAUUUAAGAUUUAACUUUUUAUCACGACCUCACCUGGACCUCUUCUUUUGUAAUCAUUUUAUCUCCCCGAGUUAUCACUCUGAAAUUCCCCCUCUUACCCACAACCCCAGACUUUCUAUAUCUGACCUUCCUUCCUUUAAGUGCAUCUGUGGUUAAGGUUCAUGAACAGAUCUGGCUUCAUUUACUUCCCUUUUUGGUCAUGGGAACACACCAGUGACCCUGAGGUUCAUCAUAUCCGCAAUGCUCUUACCAGCAAUCUCUUUCUCCUCUUGCUUGCUGACUGUACCUGCUUUGCUUAUCUAAUGUUACACCCCAAUCUCCCAUCAUUCAUUCCAUCUCCAAGAGGAGGUCUUAGACCUGUGCUGAAGAGCACAGAAUCAGCCCCUUUCAUCUCACUUGAACUCUCCCAGCUUGGCCAUCUCUCUUGUUUUUGCUCUGCUGACUCCAUGUAACAUUCUCUAGGAUCAAAUUCGUUUCAUUUUCCUUUGAUUUUCAUUGUCUCUCUGUCAAAAGGCAAUCUUGUUUUUGCUGUGUUACCAAGAAAAGACAUCUGUGUAUUGAAUUCUCAUAUAACUCCUCUCUGCCUCUCAGUUUCUCUUGUCCUUUAUUCAUCUUUCCCAGCUUCCCUCUCAACUCCGUGCUCCUCUUCUCCAUGCUCUGACAUCAUCUCCAUCCUCUUCUGAGGGGCAUUACAGUUAGUAGCACUUCUCUCUAUUGCAUCUUUAAUCCCUUUGACACACCUGCCUGCCACCAUCACAGUAACCAUACCCUACAACUGUCUCUGAGGACAAACCAUUUUUCAAUCCAAAUAGAUUCUUGAAUCUCUGCCCUACCUCUGUCUACCUUUGCACUUCCAAAUUUCUCAAAAGGGUGUUCCCUCUCUCUUCACUUCCUUACCUAGUGCCCAUGGCUUUAUAAUGGGGCCUCUCCCACCACUCUGCUGAUAAACUACUGGCUGGUAAAUUCCAAUGAGAUUCUUGUUACAAAAUCCCAAACUCUAAUGACCUUUAUUCAAAUCCCCUUUCCCUGCUCUUCAGUCUUAUUGACACCACCUUAAACUAACCACAGGGAGGCAGUGCAUUCUGGUUUUGAUAUUAGCUCUCCAUCUGGUCCUUGGUGACCUCAUGGUUGCUGCUCUUCCUCAGCCUUGACAAGCUGCAGUGUUCCAAGUUUGACCCUCUCCACCUUCUCUCCAGGCAAUCUCUCUGUCUUUUACAACUUCGAUGACUCUGAAUGAAGACGAAUUUUAGACCUUCACUCCUAGACCUUACUUUUCUCUUCAGCUUAAUGCACAUAUCCCCUGUCACCUCACUUCUUAUUGACUCAGAUAUCCAAGACUAUCCCUGAAAACCAACAGAAUCCCCAAGUGACCCUUUUGGUUAAUGACUCCACCAGUCCUUUUGUCACCAAAAUGAAGAUUUCCCAGGCACUUCUGCCUCCUUUGUUUCCCUUGCCCCCCCACCCCCCGCCCAAUCUAACCAUUUGGGAAGUCUGUUAAUUCUUACCCCAAGAAGUUUCCCAGUCUUCCCUUUUCACUCAGGCUCUUCCCUCUGAUCUGGAUUAUUUCAACAACCUAUAACACACUAUUCUAAAAAUUUACAUUCGAAUCUACUCUUCUCAACACUCAUUUCCUAAAUACAAAUCAGAUCACGUUAAACCUCAACUGAAAAAAAAAAUCUUCAGUGAGCUUCACUUGUCAGUCUUCCAGCUGGCAAGCAUGACUCCCUGUUACUUACUUUUGUGUAUUCCAUGUUCCAGACGAUCUAAAUCACAGGCUUGUCCUUAACUGUCCCUUAACUGGUUUCCUACUUGUGUCUUUCUUUAAACUGUUUCCUCUGCCCUAAAUACUUUCCCCUACAUGCUCCAUCUCCUGCUUUUACAUAAUAUCCAUUUCCUCUAUAUAAAUCUUCAAAGACCAGAACAAAUAGUCACCGCAUCUAUUUCCCUUCAUCUUCCAUCCAUAAAAAAAAAAAAUAGGCAUUUUGUGAAUGUCCAUAACACUGUAAUUGUGUCUCCCUAGUAGCAGCUAUCAAAGAUCAUCUUAUUUCAUAGUUACGUGAGUUACAUCUCAUCUUCUCUGCUAGAUCCUAUCCAAGCUAUUUAUUCAUCUUUUUAUCCCUAUAACACCUCACAGAGCACCUUGUUUAUGAGAGGCACUAGCAAAUAUUUGAUAUUAUUAUAAAUUAUAAUUGAAAAUGAGUCACUUUAUUUUACCUACAGGAUACUUGAAUCAAUCUGCAGUAAAACUUAAAGGAUGAGUUUCCCCAUGUAUCUAUUUUUGCACAUGAUCACAGCAAUACACUGCUUACAUGCAUUUCCGUGUUAAUUAUUAUUUUCAAUGAAAAUUUAGAUUUUUCUAAGUUGUGUUUUGUUCUUUGGAAUUGUUCUCUGACUGUUUCAGGGUUAGUAGAAUGUAUACUAUACUACAUGUACACCAAUGAAAUAAGUGACAGGGAGGGGCCGUGAUGGAUGUUGAUCAAUGUUAGGUAUCAGGAGCUGUUCAGAUGCUAUGAGGGAAGCCUUACACUUCACUACUGUGGCUUGGUCCAACAACCUGACCUAUGCAGGGAUUCAUGUGUCUUUGAUCCAUUUUAAAGCUUUCUUUGCUUUUGCUUUUUUAAUCACUUGCAGUACCAGAAGGUCCUUGCCACAAUUCAGACUCAAAAAUCACACAGCCUUGUGGACCCCAGGUGGUGGUCUAGUAGGACGGAUAUACUUAAAUACAAUGAAUGCUGGUACUUUCCUCACCUGUGACUAUGCCAGAUCAUACUUGGGGAAACUGUGCUAGCAGCUCAUGACCUUAAUCUUGAUGGUAUUUCUUUCUUGGACUCUGAAUGAUUCUUACUCUUUCUGGGGCUUGAUCUCCAGGGUCCCUUCUCUCAAAGAGAAAAUGAAGAAUUCUGGCAAUUGAGCACAUUACCUCUGAUCUGUGUAUUUCAAAUGAAGAUAAAGUAGGAUUUGAAUGAGCUGGUUCAGAGAAAAAUUCUAGUCUCUAAACUAUUUUUUUUUUCCUCUGUAGCUAUGAAGGGAUUCAUUGCCUUGGAAAUGACCCUCCCUGUUACUUUUUCUCUGAGCCCUAUUCACUCUCUCCCUGUCCCCUUGGUUCUACUUAGCAAUAUGACCUACUCAUUUCUGGUCCUUGUCAGUGUCUAUCUCUCCAAAGAAACUCUUAGAGCUGGUACUGUCCUUUCACUUAAGUGGCUCUGGUAACCAAUAAUGUUCCCUUUCCUUCUCCUGGCCAGCCUCCUCUAUAAAUCUUAUUAUGUCAUUGGCCAUGAAUUAUUCUCCUUUGGGAGGCAUCUUCUGCCACUGUGUGCUAAUUUAAAGCAUACUAUAGAGAACCAGACUCAAAUAAGUUACAGACAGUGACAAGUCUCUUUUUCAAAAAGCAAAAGAAGUCCAUUCUUCAUUGAGACAAGAGGGGGUAGAGAAAUUAUCAUCGGCAAGCUUAUGAGAACUGGGGAGAUAUCUAGUAAAAAUUAAAAUUAAGUCUAGAAGAAUAAAAUUUUUUUUCAAAAUUCCUAUGAGGUCUACAUGAUCCUCCUCCUGGGAAUGGGGAUGGUUAACAUUUUAAACUCAAAUCCAUCACAUUAUAGUAUGAGGCAUUUUUAAAAUAAUGAAACAAAUAAUCUGGCCAUGGCUAGUGUGAGAGUUAGAAGGCAGCCAUUCUCUAUAAAUGAGGAAGGAAAUUCAUGAAUCUCUGUUAGUCCAAUGUUUUGCCAGUUUUACCCAUAAAGUAUUUAUUUUAUGUCAAAUUUUUGCUUGAAAAUACCUAUAAAAUGUAAGGGAGGGUAUAAAGAAGGAAAAGGACAGGAAGUCUACAAUGGAGACUUCCUUCAUGUCACAAAUAAAACUAAGAGGCUGUUGGAUACUGGCUUUGAUGACACCUUCAGGAAGUAGAGAACCUUCCCCCCCCCCGAAAAAAAAAAAAAAAAAAAAGCAAGAGCCAAAGCUGAUGAGCUCCCAGAGAUCCAUUUCUUUAGUCACUACCAGGAAGUGAAAGCUCACCUUAAGCUUUGAGCUUGUUUCCAUCUUUGGACCCAGGAGAGAAUUACCCUUAUUUUCCUCCUUUUUUAUUUUAUUUUUUCUUUUUUUAUUUUUUUGCUUGUAAUUUGAAAGAUAGAAGGAGGAGAGAUAAGAAAUAAAGAAAAACUAAGAAGCACUUUCUAGAAUCCACCUUCAACACUCCUUGUGGACUAUAGAUUGUUUGAUCCAAUGCCAGAAAUUCCAGGGCAGGUAACAGAGCAGGGAAAGUGUCUGGAAAGAACUGUACCCACCCUGAGAUGAGUGAGGGACCUGGAUUCUGCACUGUAACUCUGAAUGUUGAUAAGUCUGGCCAGUGCCCAGGUAGUUUGGACUGCAGCACUCAGAGAGCCCUCCAUCACCAACCUGGGCAAAGAGGGAGCAACUCCUCUUAACACCCCCACCCACAGAAUACAAGCCAUCAGGCCACAGCUCCAUCUGACCUCCUUGCAAGAAGAGACCCACAGUCUCUGAGAGUUGUAGAAGCCAUGUGCCAAGUUCUAUGGCUGCAGAAAUAUGGUAUGCUGAACUGUCUGCUUCUCUUAUAUAAGCUUAUCACCUGUUUUCAAAGGCAAUAUUUUUUUCCUUAAGAAAAAGAAUAUCAUCCCUGCCUAAAACUUCAGUCUUACUUAAAACCGUCUGUAUAACUGAUUACUUUCUUUUGAAUUCAAGGGCUGUUUUUAUGGUCCCCUUGGUUGUGAUACAAAGAACACCUGCAAAUCAGACACUAGUCCCUUACGUUGCCUGUGGCUGAGUUGUGCUCUUAGUGACUUAAAAUUUGCUUUCAUAAAUACUCCCAAACAGUACAACUGCAUGUAAUAAGAUGAUCUCUUUGUCAUGAGUGUUUGCAUGCUUGUGCACCUUCCCAAAACAGAGGCACAAGCACACAUGUGCACACAAGCACUCACAAUCUUACCAAAUAGGUCUCAAUUGCCAGUAUCAAUCACUUUAUGGUAGAUCAAAGUGUUCAUUGAGUACUGGAUGGAAAUACAUACUGUGUUCUUCCAGCCAGUGUUUUCUCUUCUGCUCUAACUAGGUGUGGAUCACUGACACCUCAAGGUUUGACAGAAAUAUCCAGCCUUUAUGUAAAAGGUGCAUUUCCUUUAUUUAUUGAACAACCUACUUAUCUUGCUGACUGUCCUAUUUUACCUUGAGAAAUUCAUGCAGUCUUCUGAUGUCCCAUUAAUGGAUCCAUGCUAAGAAGAUAGAGAAGCAGAAGCAGAAGUCAGUCCCCUGAGAACAGACAGUCUUGUUGCUUAGAUACAUUCAUAACGCAUGUGCCCACAUCUCUUGGAAGCAUCAUGAGCGGAGGUGGAGAGGUCUAUUCUCAAUGGGCCAAGAAUAGGGAUAAGUGCCUUGGGAGACUCGGUAAUUUUUGCAUUCUACCUCUCCCAGUGUCGGGAACAGGGAAAAUACCAAGACUUCACAUAGGAAGGAGACAAGGAGGAUAGAGGAAGAUCUAGGUAGAAGUCUUCUUGAGAAAAACAGAAGAUAGUACAAAUGCCCCCUUUCUUUGUUUGUUAUAAAUGAAUCGUUAACCAGGGCACUUAAGCUGUGUUUUCUUCAUUGCCUUUUCAUUUCUUGCGUUCUCUUACUUCUCUCUUUCAGUUUAUGGAUCGUGAAGUAUUCUGUAUUCUCUAAUUUGGCUCUGAGUAUCCCACCCUCAAACACACACAUGUUAGGAUGAGAAAUGGAGAACGCACAGAGCUUGAAUAUGUGUAGUUUUAGUGGUUCCAAACCAGAGCUCAACCCGUCCAGUUCUGUCAAUCCUGUUGUCAUGUAAUGACCAGGGUGGAGUCUACCAUACAUAACUGACAACCUGGGAUUUGGAAAAAAAACAAUAACUUUGUUAUGAGAUGGCUUCUAAAACUCUUGAGCAUUUUCAAUGAUCAGGGCAUUUCCUUAGGUUAUUUCUUGGUAGCAGACACAAGAGAUAGAUAGAUCACAAAAAAAAUGUGAAGAGCCAUUCCUUGAGCAUUCUUAGCCCUAAUUUCCUGUGUUAAAAGGCCCUGAGCUACAGCAGUUUCUAGCAUGACUCUACUUCCCCUCUUUGGAGAGGGACAGAGUUUCUUGGAUCACCAACAGGCCACUUAGAGCCCCACCAUGUUGACUCUAUAGUACAUUCUGAGUAAAUCAAAGUAGUUGCUAUGUGGAUAUGGGUAAAUUCACCAUUACCAUUUCUCCAAAUGACUUCCUUUGACAUGGAAAUAGGAUGAUUUUUAAUUUUACAGAUAAAAAACGUCGAAGCACAUUAAAAUUCGAUGAUAAGCUACAAGGGUUGUAUUGAAAAGUCUUGCCAGAACCAAACUUGUCUGAAUUUCUAACUCUCAAGUCUAACUCGGUAAUGCUGCCUGAAUCAUCCACUCCACCCUGUUUUCAGCAUCUAGCAGCAAAGACAUGAAAGCCAGGCAGCUGAUUUAGUUAAGUAUUUUCCAUGAAAUCUGUCUCCUUCAUAGGACCCCCCAACACUCAAACUCACACACUUGACCCACAUGAGUCUACAGAAACCAGUUGAAAGGGUCAAGAGCAGAGCAAGGAUUUGAAAAGCAGAAAGGGGUAGAAAACUUUCUGUAGUGAGGACAAGUUGAAGAUCAAAUUAAAAAUAUUUGAAUUUUGUGGAGUAAGGAAUUGUAAAUUUUUUUUUAUUAUCCAAAAAAUUUUGUAGCAUGUAAACCACCCAAAUAAAAAGCUCAAGAAAAAUCUGAGCCAGAGGAUUUCUUGCAAAGCAUUACACGGGACAGGGAGCCUUCAAGAAUGUGUCCAGGGCAGUUCUGAUGCUCUCAAGGUGUCAGUGGUUUGGGUCAGCCCACAGUGAGGAAGGUAACCUCAAGGGUGAGCCUCUUAAAAUCUCCUUCUGUGUCUCUCCCUCUAAUUUAGUCAAGUUCAAACAUGGCAAGCUUGAUUCCAAGGUAAAGCAUGAGGUUUUGAAAACAUAAGUAGAAGAAUAAGGAGGUCCCAUUCAAUGCAUUCCCAAAGGGAAGACAUAUAUCCCUCAGACCCAUAAAUAAUUGUUGUCUGCCUGAAUCCUCAAGGAAAUGAGGCAUGAAUGUUCCAAAGACUAAUGAACAUCUCCUGAGAAUAUUUGUGAGACCUUAAUUUUGCCCUCAUGAUUGUAAUGGUGAAUUCUCUAAGCAUGUAAUGGUGAAUUCUCUAGUCCAGGUGAUCCUGUAUCUACUUUCUCUUGUGACCCACCUAUUCACUGAUAGGUGGUAUUAAGCUUAGGAAGUAAUCCAUCUUCCCAAAGAGAUAGUGUCUUUUUAUUUUGUGCCACGAAGAGAUUUUGGUUUAUGCACAGAGCAUUCUGCUUAUACCAAUAACAGUUAAAGAAGUACCCUAGCUUAAUGUAGACUUAAAAAAAAAUCAUUUCACUCAGUCCCCAGAGGAAAGACAGGGAGGAAGUAAGAAAGAUGGAAAAGCCCUUAGAUGGGUUGAGUAAGGAGUCUUUUAUACCAUCUACUUUACAGUGUAUGUAUUCCCAGAGCCAGGUUUCAGGAGAGAAUAUGGCCAGAAGGAGGAAGUAACUUUUGUUUCUGUGCAUGGGGGAUGAGGAGGCUGGGCAACUGAACCAUCCUUAAGCUCAAAGUUUAAAAUCAAGCCAUUACAAACAUCCAUUCUCUCCUGCCAUUUUGUCUCCUGAUGAGUAACGUGAAAUCAUGAUAGUAUCAUAGUAAGCUAAUAAUGAGGGACAGAGGCUAUUCAACCUUUAUUCUGUGGUGACUUUCUUAUGAGUGCCAUUACAGAUACCUGGAUCAUGAUGCACCUUGAUGAUAAGUAACAGGGACAAGAGCUGAUGAGUAUUUGGAGCAUUUCAUUCCCCUAAGAUGACCAUUCCCUGUCUUGAACUAGAGCUAUAUUCACUGUGGGGUUGGAGGAAAAUAAGAAUCAUAGGGACCCUAAGGGCAUGAACAGAGAAUUAUUUAAUUGAAACCACAAAGCUCUUGUGCUUAGUAUUAAAUAUUAAAGUGGAAAUGAAAAAGGAAAUCCCCAAGCACAGCUGCAGACAAUACAGCUCAGGGAAGCGUGAUGGAGGAAGUUUUAGCAAGAAAAUCUAUACCUGCUCAAGACUGAAGCCACUAAACUUAAAGCAGUGUGCCUUCCUAUUUUGUAUAGAUUGUAGUUGGCCAGGGUACUUAGGUGUCCUAUGGAAAGGCACAUGAGGAUAAAGUUAAUUUCAGAGCCUAGGACUCUCCCAAGCAGCAGCAGCAACAACAAGGGUUUCAACUCUUUCCCACUGACUCUGGGGCAGAAGGGAAUUUUUCCAACAUCAUGGAUUUGGUCACUGGCACCUGGACAGCUCGCACUCUUCUUGGCCUCUUUCCUUCUGUAGCUGACAUGAAAGAAUGUAGAGCUCUGUUUGGGUAAGGUUUGUUGGAUGAAGCCAGAUAUUUUGGUGGAGGUUAAAAAAUGGGUAAAAGAAUUCUUAUCCCAGAGUUUUAACACUGAGCCACAGAGAGGUCUCCUAGGAAAAUGUGUAUGCCUAACACCAUCCAACCUCAUCAGGAAAGUUGGGGCCUUUCACAGUAUCUUUUCUUCAAUGAAACAAGCCAUAGGAUCAUUAUUCUCUGCAACAUCGUCUGUUCAACCUUGGAUGGACUGGAUCUGUUUCUGUUCCCCCCAGGGAGAUAAAUUAGACCAAGAACAAAACUCUCAUCUUUUUGGCCAGUAUGGAUUGUCUUCUGCUUUCCUUUGUUUAUUCAUUUUCUUUGCCACAUGAAAACUAACCUAUCUGGUCAUCACCAAACAUCCUACUGGCAAAAUAUGGUGUGGAAAUUCAUGAAGAUGAGUAGACUCAGUGCAUUUCAUUUAAUCCCAGUCGUCUUUGGAGAUACUGUCUAUCAAAGAAAGAAAGCUUCUUUGAGCCACUUUCCUGACAACAACAUGAAUUUCAGUGAUUGGUGCUUAUCAGAAAGAAUGAUUGCUGUACAAAGAGAAUGACUAAAAUGUCUAUUUUUAGCCAUUGUGAAGUGGAUUUUACAGUUGAAAAACAGCCUUCCAGGUCCCUUGCAUGGAAACUCUUCCUAACUUCCCAGCCUCUUGGCAGUAUUUUGGUUCCCCUACAUGGUUUUGGUUCCCACCACCAAUCACUGCCUUUUUGUCCUGAAAAAGGAAAAUAAGAAUGUAUUUCUUAAUUUUUUAUCUAAAUGAUUAGACCGUUAAAGGACUAUCUUGAUCAUAAUUUCUUUUUUUUUUUUUAACUUGGAAAGACAGAGAAGGAAAAAAAUAAAGAUAAGAAAGCAAGCAAACAAUGUUCCCAGAUGCUUCAUCUCAAGGUCAAGUGCUAGGAAAGCGAGUGCCCUCUGCUGAGAGCCUUGAAGUUAUACUGGAAAAGAGGGAGAGGCUCUGGAAUAUUAAGCGACCUCUGUGAGAGUGCUCAGGGGCUUUGGUAAGAUGCCUGUUGUGUGUGUGUGGAGGCAUUUAUGAUUUUUCUUGUUUUUUUUCUUCUCUCUCUCUUUUUGAAUUGUUUCAAGGCACAAGAUCUGUGGAGGAUGCGUGGUUUUUAGAUUGAACAUGCUGGUGACAUGAUACAAUCCUUAGCUCUUCCUGGCCCUAGGUUCCAAGGAGGCAAGUGUUUCUAAAAACUCAGUCAACGAGUUGUUGCGCGUUAUUUUUUAACGUCCUAUUGUAAUAAGAAAGAGAAAGUGGAGUGGGAAACAGAUUUAUUGAGAAGUAGACAAAAAGCUUUGUUCUGAAACAUGCUGUUCACUGAGCUGAGAAAAAUCUAGAAGCAAGAAAGGGGGGAGAGAGGGAGAGAGUAGUCUCAGGUGAGAAGAUGGUGCCCCCCUCCAGAUGCUCCGAUGAUUCCUGAGGAGUUGAGUUUGCCAAUCUCCUCUGUGCUCUGACAGGAGGAGAAGCCGUGCUGCCCUUGAUUGCUCAGAAAGGGUGACAGACUGACUUUAGGAAGAGGCAUCGGCUUUCUUCCAGAAAGACAUGGAUAAGCCAUGCACCUUGACUCUUCAAAAACUCAUCUACAAACCUGCAGGGCAGCUCCUCUCAUGAUUUCCAUUCUCCAGUCAAGACCAUCCCGAGUAGAAGAAACUCAUCCUUGUUGUGAUUACAUUUACUUAAUUUGAGAAGCCAAAGAGCACUGAGGAGAGCAGAGUAUAUCAGGGGAAUAGAGUUAGCUGAAUUUUUUUUUUCAAUUUUGGAAUGAUUGUGAAUCACAAAAUUAGGUCACCUCUGAAAGAGAAAAUCUUUUAAAUAAAAUUAUAUCUUCCCAUCCCCAGUGAAAACACCAGGUUUCUAAUCUGAUUACUGUUUACUUCAGAAAAGGAAAUUGGUAGAUUUGAUUAGAAAUAGACAUUACAGAUUGAUUUAAUCCUGGUUUUAUUCAUAUUAACAUGGAAUUUAUUGACUCUGACAUGAUCUUUUAAGCCAUAGAAUAUCAUUGAAGGGUGGUAGAUCAUAUUUUCUGAACAAACUAGGAAAGCGAAAACAUUAAGUAAUCCUCCCAAAUAUUUAAAGUCCAUCAAUUCUACUGUAGCCAUAAGGGAUUUGGGAGAAGGCAACAGUGGAGAAGAGGGAUUGAUUAAAAGGUGGUAAUAAACCCAAGAAAAAUUCUCACAUCUGAAAAGAAGCGUGGAAAGUGAGCUCUGUAUUUACCACUUAGAAAUUUGGUUAAAGAAUAAAUACCCAGGGUUUUUAUUUUAUUUUUCUUUAUUUUUUGUUAGUGUGUUUGUCCACCCCCCACCUCCCAACACACAUACAUCCACUCACUAGAACUCUUAUUUGGGGGAGAUGAAGGCUGCAGUUUCAGAACAUUUUUUGAAAGAUGGCUUAUCCAUGCAUGGAUAUUAAUUAAGUG